AUGCGCACGCCGUCGCUCUACAGCCAGGAUGAUCCCAUCUCCGCUGUCCUCAAACCAUCACCCAUGGAGACGGAGGCAGAGCCCGAGAGCGGGAAAUCGACGCUUCAAAAACAGUUCCAGCUCAUGUAUAAACCCACUUCGAUGGAUCAAGAACGCGCAUCUUGGACAGCGGUCAUCUACUUCAACGUCGUUCAUUUAUUAAAACACAUCCUAGCUACGCUUGAAGCUUGGGACGACACUCUUGACGAAGACGCCGAGGCGCAACCUACAUCGACGGACGAUUCACAGUCUAUCAUACCAAAGAAGGCUCGCGGGAACGGUAUCGCAGAUCAGCCGUCACCAUCUACUUCUCUCUUGACGGGCAGCAUCAUCCAAGGAUCACCAAGUUCCCUGAUGCCCUGCGCCGAGCUCGCGGACAGGCUCAGUGGCGGAAUCUCGGUGUCUGGUUCUGGUAAGGGCGGCGUCUUUGUGCAUAGUGGGUGGCAGGCCCGUACCAUCGAGAAUGCUCUCGGAAGGAUCAAACAAAAACGCCCUUCGGCCGAAAGCGAAAAGAAGACUGGUGAGAUUGAACCGCAGGACCCUUUGCAUCAUCCCACUGUCAAGGGGUUAAUCGCUAAACGGAAACGGAAACUUGAUGAAUGGUCCAAGUUUUUUCUUAAGAACAUCACGCGUGUCGCAUCGCCGGACUACGUCCCAAGCAUAGACGACAUCCUUCAUGCUCGUAUCCAGACUAUGGGAGUCGCUGAACACAUCUUUGAUGUGAAUAUCCACGGGAAAUCUGUGACCUGGCAUCUAUUUGACGUAGGUGGUGCUCGAGGACAGAGACACUCGUGGGUGCCAUACUUCGAUGAUGCGAACGCUAUCAUUUUUGUUGCUCCCUAUCUUGAAGAAGACCCUCGGACGAACAGGAUAGACAACUCUCUGCAAUUAUUCACGCAAAUAUGUUUGAACGCCCGGCUGAAGAACGUUCACUUGGUCUUCUUCCUGAAUAAGACGGAUCUGCGAAGCUCGACACCGGACUCAAGGUCCGGAAGUAGUUUUUAUCACUCACCCCUCAUCAGCAUCACGUCCUUCGGCGAUCGGUCCAACGAUUACGAGACCGUCGUUCAAUACUUCCGUGCUCACUUCCUGCAGGUUCAUAGACGAAACAACGAGAAUCGUCGGGUGCUGUAUACUCAUUUCACGAGUGUAGUGGACACAAAGGCGACGCAGCGUAUCAUUGGAAACGUUCGCUUCCGAGGUUACCUCCAGUCUGCAGCCCUCGUUUGA